AUGCGGUACUCGAUUAGGAGGGAACAGGUAGCCAUCAAGCGAUCCAAGGGGGCGGAUGGUGUUGAAACUGCGUUUCUAGCACGGGAGAUCCGGAGCCCGCAUGUCAUCCAAAUUCGGGAGUAUUUCUUUUUGCCAGACUCCAGAGGCUCUGGGGAAUCGUUCCAAGUGAUGCCUCAAGUGAGAGCAGAGCUACAAAAAUUAUUGGACAUGGGGUACAGGUUCAACCUCAAUACGGCGUAUUGGGAGAUCUUGAGAGGACUCCGAGACAUUCAUGCUGCGGGUAUAGUUCAUCGUGAUUUGAAACCUGGGAAUGUGAUGGUCACCAAUGACGGGCAUAUGCAAAUCAUCGAUUUUGAUCGGGCCAUCAAGGUUGGGCGUAUUAAUCAAGUCACCUAUACGGGCACGCCUGGCUAUGUCGCUCCCAGUAAGAUUCUUGCUCCGUCAUUGAUUCCCCUCUGGCCUUGUGUUAACGGCAUACGUGACUCGUCAGAGCCCAUCAGGUUACUUCCUCAAUAUGAUGAUUGGAAAGCAGAGGUCUUUUCUGCGGGGAUGACAUAUCUGGCGAUGGCGGAACCAGAGCGCAUGAACCGAGACUCUUAUCUCCAGAAACUGUGGAAAGUCCUGAUUCAGGUGCGACAGACGAGAUCGGGGGAAUUCUUGAUCGACGAGGAGCAGACGAAUUCAGGACGACUCCUGGUAGACUUGGACCGACACACUGUCUACCAGAUUCUGACCAAGGCGUUGGGAGACCGAUGGAAUCCCCCAAUGCGGCAACUUCUUUCCCAAGUUCUCUGCGGAGAGGAUCAGCGUUUGACACUAGAGUUCUAUCGACAAUUCUGUCGGUACUCUGGUUUGGCGGUCUAA